GGCGGAGGGAGCGGGGAGGGCGGCGAGCGCCGAGGCGGAGGGAGCGGCGGCGGGCGCGGCGGGCCACGAUGGAUUUCCAGCAGCUGGCCGACGUUGCGGAGAAAUGGUGCUCCAACACGCCCUUCGAGCUCAUCGCCACGGAGGAGACCGAGCGCAGGAUGGAUUUCUACGCCGACCCCGGCGUCUCCUUCUACGUGCUGUGUCCGGACAACGGCUGCGGCGACAAUUUUCACGUGUGGAGCGAGAGCGAGGACUGCCUGCCUUUCUUGCAGCUAGCGCAGGAUUACAUCUCCUCCUGUGGCAAGAAGACACUCCAUGAAGUCUUGGAAAAAGUCUUCAAGUCCUUCAGACCUUUACUGGGGCUUCCGGAUGCAGAUGAUGAUGCAUUUGAAGAGUACAGUGCAGAUGUGGAGGAGGAGGAACCAGAAGCGGACCACCCCCAAAUGGGGGUCAGUCAGCAGUAAACCUCCAAGGGCACCUUCUGGAGAAGGAGAGUGAGCCCACUGUACCCUAGGUGGGGUCCUGUGCUCCUGGGUUAGCAUUAGCACUUCAAAACAGGACGUCUGGCUCCCAGCAUCCAAAUUAAAAUGAAUUACCUUUUUAAUGACCACACAAUAUCUGUGAUGAGCUUUGCUCAGAAGUGACCUGAAUUUCAGUCCCGCUUCAGUGGGGUUUCUAUGGAGUUGUCUUGGUAGCCUUUGCCACUUUGAAUUUAGAGUCUUUUGUGGCUGCCUAUUCUCUCUUGAGUUUAUGUUGGAGAAUUAACGUUCGCUGACUGGAAUGUAGAGAACUCUGAAUGUAUUAAGGAUGUGUUUUGAGUCCUCGCAGGUGACCUGGCUGAGGAACAGCAUGGCAGAGAAGCAAUGCAGUCUGCACUUUUAUGUACCUUUUAAGUGUCCGUAAGUGAAAGGUUUUGCUUAUAAAGCAUGAGUUUAAAUAUCUAGUCAUUAAACUGCACAAGUGCAAAUACAAGGGCAGAAAAGGAUGAUCACUUAGCUUUGGAUUAAGAGGGUAAGAGAGGCAGAGAAGCCUGGAGUGUUUCGCCAUCACUGAGCUGGUUACCUGGUACAUAGCAGCUGGUUCCUGGUUAGAUAUAAAUGUUACUUGCUUGUUCAGUUGUUUUAAAAAUGCUAAUUCCAAAGCCACUUUUUAGUCUAAUAGUGGAAAAUAUAAAGGGGUGAAAGACUAAAACUAACAAUUUCUUUAAGCAUUUUAUAAACCAUCCCAUAUAUGAAAUGAGACAUUUACCGUCUGUCUUUCUAAUGAGAUGGCCACUUGUUAAAUCAAGAAAAUGCCCAGAAUCCAAGUAAGUGCCACUUAAACUUUGAAGCCAUAGAUUCAUAUAUAAAUUUAGUAGGAAAAUAAACCAGGAUAAAAAUUUUUUUAAAAAGUAUAACGGAAUCCUUUACUUUCUUAAUCUUUUAUUCUUAAAAAAAAUAGUCAAGAAAAGGCUCCCGUUCUUUAAUUUGUUUAAAAUUAUAACAAGUACUUUAAGGAACCUAAUAGUAGUGAACUUUUAAAGUAACAUGAAAAUAGGCAACUUGAUGAUUGGGUGGCUUGGUUAAAGGGGGCAUAUUUAAUGAUCAAGAUACUCAGACAACUCACAGAAACAACUGCUGUCUUCAUUUAGCCAACAAAUGCUUACUGGGGACAUCUCUGUAAUGCCAGGUUGGAACUAUUUGACAUACUCGUUUUCUUGGACCUCGGGCAUCAUCUCUGGUUCUAAUCACGUAGGAUGUGGAAUGAAUGCCUCUUUUACAGCACUUGACUUCCUCUAGCAUCUGGGCUGGGAAUGUUCCAAACAUGCACACAUGUGCCCGUUAGGUUGUCAGUAUUUUGAAUUAAAAAAAUCAGUAGCAGAGGCCACAGAACUCAUGGGAGUCUUGUACAUCUUCCAGGCAUGUUGGUGUGAACCUGAUCGUCUUAGCAUUUUCUGUUUAAUUAAGUGGUGCUGUGAGGAGCUUGGCUACUCGUGGUCUAAUAGUGUGCUGUACUUUUCUGUCAUUGGUAAAUAACACGGUGGUCUCCAUCCGUGCUCCAGUGAUCCAUGUUUUAUUCUUUUCUUGGGAAAGCACAUUAAAGGUUAAUUUCAAGUCAGAUCAAUUUCCCUAGAGUAACCUAUUAGCAAAAGCAGACUCAGCGAUUCAUCCAUUGGGGUGUGUCCUGCCUCAGCAGCCCUGCCCCGUGCCCACUGGCUCUGCCCUGAACAGAGGUCAUCAUGAGCUGACAUCUGCAGAGAGUGCCCAGGUUUGGUACCUCCAGUUCUAAGGUAAACUGGAAUUUACACACAGAGGGCUUUACAUCUAAAUUUACAUAUGCUUGGGAAUGGAAUGGUUGUUACUAUAGAAUAUAUCUUAUCAAAAAAAAUGUUUAGACUUGAACCAGACACAUUUUGGUAUCACCAUGUUCAUGUUCUGUUUAUAAAAAUUGAGCUGAAAUGGUCAGCCAUUCACUGAGAAUUCUGGUCUCUGUUCUGCCUCAGUGGUUGGGGAGAGAUCACUGUGUGACUUAUUUCAUGGUAAAACCCCAAAGGCUUUAAGCAGAUCCAAUUGUUUCCUCUAAAACUUCCUUCUCUGAUGGUGUGCACAUCCCUGCAGUGCUCUGGUGUGCUUACUCAAACAUUCCCUCCAGCCCACACAUGGAUACUCUCGUUGGCACCUGCCGGUCAGUUAGAUUGGGCAGCCUGUGUUAGGGAAUUGAUUCUGUGGUGCAACAGGUGUGGGACCUUUCAUAGACACUCACUAGGAGGUACAGCUGUGUGCUGGGGUGAGGAAAGACACCUAGGUUCUAGACUUGACUCUGCCUUUUUUUUUUGGUACCAGCGAUUUAAUCCACGGGCUGUCCCCACUGAGCCACAUCCUCAGCCUUUUUUAUUUUUUAUUUUAAGUUGCUUAGGGCCUUUCUAAAUGGCUGAGGUGGUCUCAAACUUGAGAUCCUCCUGCCUCAGCCUCCCCAGUUGCUGGAAUUACAGGUGUGCACUGCCACAUCUGGCUUGCCUCUGCUAUUGACUGUGGGAUCUUGAUGAGUUAUUUGGCUAGUCUCUGGAACAGGGGUAUUUACUCUUCCAGCUUUUAAGACUGGCCUUCUUUACCUGCUUAACCAACUGUGUGUAUGUAGGAGCAACCAUCAAGGACACUUAGAGACACAAAAAGAAAUGUGUUUGGAAUCUUGCCAAAGAUACUGUCCUUAGGAUGCUGGCCCCGUGGACUGCUUUAGAAAGUGUUGAUUUGUGAGUGUCCAAACUUCUGGAGCCUGGGAUGGGCCCCAGCCUGUGUGGCUGAUGAAAUCCUGUUUCUCCUAGGAGAGGGCACAGGGAAGCCCCAGAAGAUGUGCUUAUCUCAGCUGUACAUAUGCUGCCUGUGGAGGGCAUAGCUUCUUAGUGUCCCAACAUUGGAGGCUUUGGAAGUGGUAUGCAUUUAGCUUAACUGAGAGGGGAGAUUUGCAUGUAGAACAAUUGAAAGACAGUGAAAGAAGUCCUUUGACUUUUACCCUGUCAUUCAGGAGAGAGAAAGUAAAGUGUGUGUGUGGGGGGGUGAAUGUGGGGGAUGUGCUGAUUGCUUGUUGAUCCCUGUGGCCAGCAGUGAAAUCUGGAAAUCAUGCCUGUGAUAACACACCAAACGUUGAUCCUGGGUUUGAGUGAAACAUGGAGACGUUUUUUCUGGCUGCUUGGUUGCUUUCCUCUGUCUGAUGCGUGGAGCAGGCUUCAGGGAACUGCAGGGACUGCAGGCCCAGGGAGGGUGAAGCCCCACGCAGUGCCUGGCACCACCAUGGGUUCAGUGCACCGAGGUGUCCACCCGUGUCCCCCAGGCCCACAGCAGCACAUGGUACAUUGUUCUUCCACGAGCAGAACACAAAAAGUCUGUUAUGUCGGGAGAUUGUCCUUAUGUCCUGGUGCCAGAAUUGGGCUCCCAGUGUACUUAAGAGAAAACUUCUCUAGUAGCAACUGUCAUUGUUCACGUAUAAACGGAAACUGUUCUCUAGCACAAUAUGCGUCUCUGAAUACUAUUCCAGUUUCAUAAGAGCACAAAGUGGAUGGUCCUAGGGGAGCUGUGAUCCCAGAACAUCGGUGCAGUUGAUAUUUUAGGAACCUGCUGGGCAUGUUUAAAUUCAUGAGCUGAGAAACUAGUAUGAACAAAUCUGGCUUCGCAUAGCGAGAGGCACGUAGGAAUCCACAGGACUUCAUUUGGGGUGGGAGGAGAGGAAUAGGCACAAUGAAGGAGUUAGGUGUCUAAGUCAGGUGUCUUGAGUUGGGGGGGCACCCUUGACAGUUACCCCAUGAGGUGCAGGAAAACUGUUUUCCUGGCUGACUCUAGGGGCCUCCUAGCUUCAGAGAACUGACUGCAGAGAGGACUGAGAGGAAAGGCCUUGUGCUGGUGAUGGCUUUGUGAUUUUAAAAAUGUCCCCGCACCCCCGGUCCCUAGGCCAAAAGAUGCAUUAGGUGUUCUGCACAUCUGGUGACAUUCCUUCCCUUACUAAAACCAGCUGCCGGCCAGAGAAGCCUGUCUUCCAAGAGUGCUGACAGAUCCAAGAGCAGCUAUCAUCACAGGCAGGUAGAACAGAAACCCAACUUGGGUCUCACCAGGGCUGCCAGAGGCCCUUGUCGGGCACAACCAUCUGCUUCACCUGCUUCAGGGUUGCAGAAAGAGCACAAUGAAAAUCCCAGUGAGCACUGACUCCAAAGAGAUGUCACUGCCUGUCGGUUGCUUCAUCUUCAGAGAAGCCUAACUUUUUUUUUGCAUUAAAAAAUAAUCUUCUUUCAUAAAGACCCAGUUUUCUUGGUUUUAUUAUAACAGGUAUGACAUGAGAAGCUGAGGUCUUUUAGGUUUUAUAUGGAAUAAUUUUAACACUUGACAGAAUGCCAGUAGCCCAGGGUGUCCAUGGCAGUGUACUGUCAGCAUUUCAUGUUCGAAACCCCGCUUACAGCACCAGAAGGCUGAAGAGGCACAAGCAGUUCAUGGUGUGUACCAGGCCACACAAAAAUCAAUACUGAAUUGGAACUGUACUUAAGUUGUUUGGUACUAGAGAGGAAGCUGACAGUCUGUUCUUGGUAAACUAUCUUCCCCUGGUUUUUUCUUCCAUUUUGUUAUUGUUUCUCAAGAUUCAUUUCUUUACCAGGUACUUUCUGAUACAAGCAUCAAGUCGCAGAGUACUCUGUACAAGCGUCAGCUUUGUAGAGGAGGAAGUAAACCUUCAGUGCCAGGCAAAUUGGAACCCAUCUGCCUGUCAGUCCCAGUUGGUGUAUGAGAGCACAUUUAGCCAUCGACAGGAGAAGCAGAAGCAAGGAACAAUUGUUUUUGUUGGUUUUGGUUUUUUUGGGUUUUUUUUUUUAGGCAAGACGUGUUUCCUGUAGGGUGUGUGUACUUUCUUUGCCUUCACAUUUCCUUUGAAAGAAAUCUCUUGUAAAUUACAAAACUGUGAAAUGGGUUGCCAAAAACCGUUGCCCUUUGUUAGAUGCCUCGAACAGUGGAAAAAAAAUCUCUCCUGCACCCUGUCCACAUCUGCUCCCUCCUCCCUUCCCUGGAGGGAGGAUCUCAUCCAACGAUGUAAUUACCAUACGCUUGCUAUUAAAGAGCCUUCCAAACCCUG